AUGAAUUCUUUAAACACAAGCCUCCUACAUUUCUAUGCCGACCAGGGGUGUGUGCGCACCGUGAAAGCCCUGCUGGAGGCUGCCAUAGUUGAUGCUAAAACUAACAGCGGAGAAACGGCUUUACAUUACAGUGUGUGGAACAACCACAUAGAGAUUGUUGAACUUCUGUUGCAGGCUCAAGCAGACGUCAACGCUGUCAGCUACACACCAUUACAUUAUAGCGCCUGGAAUGGUCACGCGGACAUCGUCAGAAUUCUUAUCCAUUGGGGAGCAAACGUAAAUGCUCAGAGAAACACUGGGGACACUCCGUUACACUACAGUGUCCGGAGAGGACAUUUAGAAGUUGUUGACCUGCUGCUCGAGGCUGGGGCAGACGUCAAUAUCAAGGAUGAAC